UUAUCUCCUUUUUUUUGCGGACAAUCAUAUAGAAAUUAAUUAUACUUAAAUUUAAGUAUGAUUAAUAUGUUUUAAUGUAUUUAUACAUAUGCGUAGAUAAGUUUUCAUUCAAAGAAAAUUGACAAAUAUAUUAAAUAGAAUUUAAUAUAAAAGAAUGUUUGUUGAAUCUUGUUUGUUUCGCUUCAAUACACUGCGUAAUGGAAUAACUAAAUUCUCUUUCUCUCUAAUAUCAAGUUGAGAUGAAUCUAUUAUGAAAAUGAAAAUAAUUCUGUUCGAUUCAAGAGAUAUCCUUGCCGAAAAGUAUUACGAUUGCAAAGAGAGCUUAUAUUAUUACUUGUCAUAAGCUAUACAUUUUUUAAUAUACUUCAUAAUAUGUAUUGCAUAAUUAGAUAAGAUUAUAUGCCCCUAUAAUCUAAGAUAAGCGAAAACUUCUCUUCGAAUGUGAUCAAGUAGGAAUUAAUAAUGAGAAGUUUUAUUGCGGGAAUAAAAGUUUUAACAUUUGAAGGAAACGUAAAUACUAAUAAUAAUAACUCCAAUGUAACAACAAAUAAUUGUCAAUUAAACAGAUGUACGAAUGAGUUGGUCUAUCUGCAGCAAGUUAUUAAUGAAAAAAUUAAUAAAAAAGAAAUAUUCUAUAGCUUCGAACUUUUUCCAAUGAAAGAACCCAGUGAUAUUUAUAAGAGAUUCUUUGCAGAGAUGGACAAACAUUCUCCUGUAUUUUAUGCUUUAACUUGGCAUACUAAGAAUGCUAUAAAUUCUUAUUUAUCCUUGGAUAUAGUUGAACAAUUUCCUUCUCCAACGUUAUUACAUGUAGCAGGUAAAGGUUUAAAACGAUGUAAUGUAGAAAUGAUAUUAAAAAGAGCAUACGAUCUUGGAAUAAGAAAUAUCUUUGCUCUUCAAGGAGUUUCAGAUUCAUUACUCGAAGACGGUGAUUUUCCAUAUGCCAUUGAUUUAGUCAAAUUUAUUAGAUCAUAUUUUGGUCAAGAGUUUAGUAUUUGUGUCGCGGGUUAUCCCGAUACGCAUCCAUCAUCGCCAAACAAAGAUUUCGAUCUCUUUCAUCUAAAAGCAAAAGUCGACGCAGGUGCAGAUUUUAUUAUAACACAAAUAUUUUUUGAGUCUGAUACGUUUAUAAAUUUUGUUAAUGAUUGUAGAAAUAUCGGAAUAACAAUUCCAAUUAUUCCUGGUAUUUUCCCUAUACCGGAGUAUAAAUCUUUACAAAGAAUGACUGAUGUUUGUCGCUUAAAUAUACCAAAUAAAAUAUCCGAUCGUUUAGAGACAAUAAAGAAUGACGACGAAGCAGUAAAGAAUUUUGGAAUUGAAUUCGCAAUCAAUUUAAUUAAGGAUAUCAUUGAACGCCGGGCUUCGUAUGGUUUUCAUUUAUUUACAUUAAAUAAGAUAACAAUGAUUCAAAAUAUAUGUAAUCAAUUGAAUCUAAUUUACUAAUUGCAUAAUAAAAAAGAAUACACGAUAACCAAAGUUAAAUUUAA